GAUUUAGAUACAACAACACAACUGUUUUCUCCACCAGGUAAAGUUCUUUACAUGCCUGUGUUUAUAUAAAUGUAAAAGAAAAUAGAUUUGAGAACAUAUAAAUAUGAAUGAAAAAGUUGCUUUUUUCUGCUUUUAUUUAUCAUCAUCAACAUCGUGACAAGCAACAUCAGCCUAUACGGUUGUUAGGAAACGACACAUGAAGAUUUUUUCUCUAUUUUCUUUCUCCUCACUUUCGAUUUUUUUAGAAAACUUCCUGAUUCCCAAAAUUUUCACAGCGUAAACUUAGGGAAAAUAUACUUUUUAUUGUAAUAAAUGUAGACCUAUUUUUUCACGGAAAAUUCUUUAUUUCGUAAGAACUUAACUCUUUAAGAAUUCCUUUUUUUUAAAAAAAUCUUAAUUGAAGACCAGUUUUAUAUAAAUAUAUGAUUUAUUCAGAUACUUUCUUUGUUCAUUUUACAGAAAUAAUUUCAAAAAAAAAUUGUAUUGAUCAAAUAUUUAGAAAUUAUAGAGUCUUCCUUUUGAUUAAGUGAAUAUUAUGUCUUGAAGAAAAAAAUAUAUAUAUUUUAUUAUGUUCAGGUAUAUUUGUUGGAUGUUAUCUUGUUGAAGCAGUUUUACAAAGUGAUCUAAGAUGUUUCUUCGAUAUUGAUUGUUUACACCAGUUGAUCGAUAGUUUAUCUUUAGUAAAUAUCAGUGCAUCGGAUAUUAUUUUAAAUUUAACAGCAAGUCAUUAUCAAGAAAAAAGUUCUUUAUUAGAAAUUGUUUCAAACUUAAUGGUUGAAGAAUGGAAUAAUCAAACAUCUUAUGAUAAUUAUUUUAAUAUAUGUCAACCAUCAGUUUGUACAGCAACAUACAUAAACCGUGGAAAUAUUGUUUAUAUUAUAACAACAACUAUAGGAUUGAUUGGAGGAUUAACAACAGUCUAUAAAUUUGUUGUACCAAUAUUUAUAAAGAUUAUGGUACAUGUAAUCAUUCCGUUUAUACGAAACAAAUGUGGUAGGAACAAUAAUGGAGAGAUAUGAUAGAAUGGCUGGUGAAUCUUUGACUUUUCUACUUCACUUUUAAGUCAAUGUUGUCUUGCAUAUUAUUUACAUUAAUAAUAAUAAAAUGAUUUUCUCACAUAUUGUUCAUUUUUAAACUAUGUAAAGUCAUUUUAUUAUUGAUUAAUAUAUCGCUUUAUUUUUUUUUCUUCUUCAUUUGCUUAAGUUCAUUCUAUGUCAUAUUUUAAAUAUUUACUUAUUCUCUUACAAUUUUAUCUAAAUACUCCUGCAAAAUAUAAAAAUAUAUGAUUAAUGUAAAAAUUUCAAAGUUAAAUCAAAGAAAAUGGAUGAUAAUGAUGAAUUUUGACAAUUUAAAGGAUAACCACCUGCCAUCGUGAGGGUGAAUGCGGGUGUGAGCUAAGAUAAGAGAUAUCCACACCCGUUUCUUUUGUUUAGUUUCAUGCAUAUAACUAGUAUACAAUUGGAUUAGAACAAUGAUUUAAUUACUUAACUCUUACUAGCAACUAUAGAUAUACUCAAUUCGA